AAUAAUCUUGUACCCCACAUGUCUACUUUACGAUUGUAGUGUGAGCAGAAAGCUCUAUUUCACGACUUUUUUAUUCUCAAAUCAUCUUUCUUCCCUCCUCCGCUUUCAGCACUUUCUCUCAUUCACUCAUCGUCACAGUUCAUUUGGACACAAUGUCAUCGGCUGGAGGACUUUCACGGCGUCGCGGGGCUGGUGCAUCCGACUCGGCCCACAACUCUUCAGCACCAUCAUCAGGACCGCAGUCAGGAGGCAGUCGUCGCUCCAGCACAGAUGGCAAGAUCGCCUCCGACCCAAGAGAUCUGCAGAUGGAGGACGAGAACAAAACGCAACCCAGACUGACGUUAAUGGAGGAAGUUCUGCUCUUAGGACUUAAGGACAAGCAGGGAUACCUUUCAUUCUGGAACGACAACAUUUCUUAUACGCUUCGAGGAUGCAUUUUGAUGGAACUCGCCUUUCGCCAUCGAAUUGCUAUGGUCAAGGACCCCAACAGGCGCAAAUAUCCUCUUGCAGACCGGUACAUUGAAGUCGUGAGCGAAAAGUUGACGGGAGAAACCCUUCUCGAUGAGGCCCUGAAAAUGAUUGGUUCAACGCAAGAGAGAAUGAGUGUCGGCCAAUGGAUUGAUCUCAUGAGUGGCGAGACGUGGAAUGUGAUGAAGAUUGGAUUUCAAUUGAAGCAGGUCCGGGAGCGACUGGCAAAAGGACUUGUGGAUAAGGGUGUUCUCCGGACAGAGAAGCGCAACUUCUUGAUCUUUGAUAUGGCGACCCACCCAGUAACAGAUUCUGCAGUCAAGGAGGAGGUCGUCAAACGAGCAUGCACGGCUUUGAUCAAUCGCUCGACAGGAUCAUCACCGUCGUUGGCGGAGCAGAACUCGCCUGUCGUCUACCAGCAACUGAGGACGGUCGCGAUGGUCUGUUCAGCCUAUGCAGCGAAUGUGCUCGAGAAUGCGCUCGUGUAUCUCAACCACGAGAUGCGGGAGCGCGCAUAUACCAAGGUGGAUGAGUUAUUGAAUGACUAUAGCGUAUAUCCGUUCCAAUCGAAUGCGAGCAAGGGCGAGCUGGCAGGAAAGGAGCUGCAGAUGGAGAUCAUUGCAGCUGUGCUGAACGUGUUCACGAAGAUGGACAGCAUUCUUUAACGACUUGACCAAGGCUUUAUAAUAAACUAUUGAUACAUAUGUGCCCCACUGUUUUUGCAGGGAAGAAAGAGAAGGGCGGAGGGGAAGUCUGGUACAACAAUUGACACA